AUGACCUCACCUUCCGCAAAGGACCUCAUCACUUGCCACGUCCUCGACACCCAGGCUGGUCGCCCCGCUCGUGGCGUUCGCGUUCGUCUCGAGGGCCCCGUCCCCGCCCCAGCGCCCGGAGCCAACCCGCACACCCAGCCCCAGCCCAAAACGUUCGAGUCCAUCACCGACGAUGACGGCCGCGUCCUCGUCUGGUUGCCCUACAGCUCCGCCGACUCGGCUGGCGAGGUCCCCGUCUAUACACUCCUCGACGUGCUCGACGAGCGCAGAGGCCAAGGACCCACGCGCUGGACACUGCGCUUCGACACGGCCUCCUACUUUGGCGAGGAAAAGACCUUUUUCCCAGAGGUGACCAUCACCUUUCGUGUCGAGGAGGGGCAGCACUACCAUGUGCCGCUGUUGUUGAGCCCAUAUAGCUACACUUCUUACCGCGGGAGUUAGAGGUAGAUCUACACUGCCAUGUGUGGAAUAUCUAUAGAGGACCAAGAUGUCGUUUUUUGCCUCGCAAUUCGCCGCCAGUAUGGCGAUUGCGCAUAGCCAGUUGCGAACGAUAUGGAGGAUAUACGAAAAGGGUCACCAUCAUGGAAACACCAGCAUAGAUAAUGACCAAGAUCAUGAGAAUAGCGAUGAUGCUAGUUAUUAAUUCUUUAACGAAUGUCCCAAUCAAUAAUUGAAUGAUUGCUCCCUCGCUGACUGGCCGGACAAGUGACAUUCCCGUCUCUCCCUACCAGAGGGGACCGUAAUCUCAAACUUUUGACAUCUUGUCCUCGGCAACACCGAUAAAUCCUGAAUCCAAUCCAUGCCCGUACAUGUCCAUACCCAUGCCAAUGCCCUUGUGCCCAUCAAACGCCACGCUAUCCACAAAGAGAAGUAAUUGAAGCAGUCCGUCUGAGUGAUGUUGCCAUCCUCGAUCAUCAGGUUUGGCCGUAUACGUCGUAACAACAGUCGUCAUCGUGUCCAGAUUUGCCUUGGGUGUCCAAGGCUUCACCAAGCCACUUCUAAUUCUUUCGCCACUUCUUCAUGAAUCCCUUCUUAGAUCGAUAUGAGGGCACAUCAGGAGAUGUUGGUGGCGUUUCGUCAUCCCUCCUCGUGUUCCUUGAUGCGAGACUCUCGGUUUCGUCCUUUGAAAGCCGGAUGCUCGACAUGGAUGGGCGAAUGCUGGACAUUGAUGGUCGGAUGCUAGUCAUGGAUGGGUUGGCUUGCUUAAUGCUGGCGUUGUCUCCUGUGUCGGUGCUAACAAGGGACAGGACGCUGUAGAGAGCUUCAGACGUAGGCGUGAUGCGUCCGUGGUUAAGAGUCCGUUUCUUCUUCCUCAAAAAGGACCGGCGAGUUCGAGUGAGUGCCCGGUCAGGAUCGAUGUCUUCUUGACUGAUACAUGCGUUUGGUG